GGAUGUCUGCCAUUCCCAGACAAACUUAAGUGUUGUGUGAGUUGUCAUGACAAUAGUGGAUGAUUGUAAACCAAAUUAUGGCUGUUGGGGCUGCAAAUUUUCUCAGGGACAAAAUCCCUGUUUUGCCGAUGGUGAACAUUGACCACAUAUGAUUGAUUGAGCUGAAGUUCAUGUGAUUGCGGAACAUUAGUUUCUUCUUCUUUUUCUGCAUGGUGUUUGUAUUCAAGUGAACACUUUUCAGGCAUGAAAAUAUUCAGUGGAUGGCAUCGUUUUGUUCUUGGUCUUCCUUUGAUUUUCCUCCUGACUCACCUGUUCUCUGUCAUGGAGUUGUACAAAAGAUCAAAAAUGGAGGAACCCCACAAGCAACUUAACAAGAAAUUUGAUCAUCUGGUUCUUGGUCCUGCUGCUGGACAAGGCUUGUCAAAUCGUUUGCAAUGCCAAGGGACAUACGCUCUUAACAGGACCCAUUCUUCUAACAGCAGAUCAGGUUUAGACGGAAGUAUCACAUUUGUCACUGUCUUUACUGUUUAUAAUUCUUCUCUCGAUGAUGUAGAUGAUAAAUCAUCAAACACAGUUGUUGGCAAUGCUUCAUAUAAUAAGGUGGGCAGGUCAAUGGCUUUGUUGAAUGUCUUCAUUAACUUCAUUCAGGUUGCAAUGCCCUGGAGCAAAGUGAUUAUUCUCACAGACCCAGUGUCUGAUCUCUCAGUGGACCGAAAUAGUGUCUCUCUGUAUCCUAUACAAGGUGAAUAUUCACGAGACAAGUUGAUGCUCCAAAGGAUCAGGUCUUACAUUACCUUUUUAGAAACCAGGCUUCAGAAACUUCCUCAGAAGCCAACGAAUAUCACUCAUUACAUCUUCACCGAUUCUGAUAUAGCAGUGGUUGAUGAUUUAGGGCAGAUUUUCCGUGACCAUCCUAAUUUUCAUCUGGCUCUGACUUUUAGGAACAAUAAGGCUCAACCUUUGAAUUCAGGAUUCAUUGCUGUUAGGGGUACCCCAGAUGCAGUUUUAAGGGCAAAGCUUUUCCUACAAGAGGUCUUGAAAGUUUACAGCUCAAAAUAUAGAAAUGCUUCCCGCAUGCUGGGUGACCAGUUAGCUCUUGCUUGGGUUGUGAAGUCAAAACCUCAUUUUGACGCUAGCAGGUUUGGCAAAGCACGUGCUUUCUCUGAAGAUAUUCGUGGUACUUCAGUAUUAUUCUUACCUUGUGCCCUAUACAAUUGGACUCCGCCUGAGGGUGCUGGUCAAUUUCAUGGCAUGCCAUUGGAUGUUAAGGUUGUUCAUUUUAAAGGAUCAAGAAAACGUCUAAUGCUCGAGUCUUGGAAUUUUUAUUCCUCUUGUCGUGACAUUUCAGACAUGUUAUGUCUCAUUUUGGGAAGUGGAAGAACAAAAUAUGAUUUUUGAGAAUGGUCACUCUUCAAAUAUUCACAUAUCAUAUAAUUUAGCAUCUUGUGGCAGUAACUGCUUCAAAUUUUAGCACAGAAAAACUCAGCCUUCCUUUUUAUUUACUGAACUGAUAGCUGCAAACUGAAGGCAGAAAAUGGCGCUAAAAUGGGUUGGUUGGUUCUUCUCCUUGGAAGAGUUCUUCUCAGAAGACACAGUUUUCCCGUUCCACCAUAUCAAAAGCAUGUGCAAUAUAAUAUUAUUGUUUUUAAAAUGGCAGUGUGAUAUGUGCCUUUUUGUGCAAUUGGAAAAGAUAUUCAGGGUGUGUAACUCCUAUUGCUGCUUAACAAGUUGAAUAGCUCGUUCACAGGGGAACUACACUAUGAAUGUUGCUUGUUUCUAUAAGCACGGGAAAUUGGAAGAGUAAGAAC